AUGGUGGUCUUUCCGAAAUCUACGGCUCUUGCUGCUGUCGCCUUCUUGGCUGCAGCGGCAGAUGCUCACAUGAUCAUGAACACACCUGUCCCAUACGGCAAAUCAACUCUCAACAACUCACCACUUGUCGCAGACGGGUCUGACUUCCCUUGCAAGCAACGUCCUGGCGUCUACGAUGCCGAGGGUGCCAGCAACACUGCGGCCAUCGGUGAUCCCCAGACUCUGAGCUUCAUCGGCAGUGCCACUCACGGCGGUGGUUCAUGCCAAGUCAGUCUCACUACCGAUCUCCAGCCCACGAAGAACUCCAAAUGGAUGGUCAUCAAGUCUAUCGAGGGUGGCUGUCCUGCCUCCGCUCCCGGCAAUAUUGGCGAUGAUCCCAACGGCACGGGUGCCUCGACCUUCCAGUUCACCAUUCCCGAAGGCAUUGCUCCGGGCGACUACACCUUGGCGUGGUCGUGGCUCAACAAGAUCGGCAAUCGGGAGUAUUAUAUGAACUGCGCCCCGCUCACUGUGACGGCUUCGAAGAAGAAGAGAUACGCACCAGCUCCGAAGGUGAAGAGACAGACAAGUUUCCCGGAUUUGUUCGUGGCCAAUCUAGCGAGCAUCAACACCUGUGCAACCGUGGAGGGCUUCGAUUAUGUCUACCCGAAUCCCGGCGCUGAUGUUCAGUCCGCUGGUACCGGACCAUACACCACCUUGGCUUGUGGCUCUGGUAACGACAACAGCGCUCCACAACAACCCACUGGCUCUCUCCCCCCUGCCGCUGCAUCUGCCUCUGCGUCUCCAUCUUCUCCUCCCGCAUUUGCCAGUGGAAUUUCUGGGCAAUAUACGCCAGGCACUGAUGCUGGGCAGUCCACCGCUGGCCCUUCACCCAGCGUGGCUCCUGGAAAUUUUGCAACGGGUGCAUCUUCGGUGAUUACCUCUUCUGUUACUGCGUCCACUACCAGCGCUAACGGCCUUCAGGUUAUUCCUGUCACAACUCAAGCUAUCGCCCCUGCAGCGACUCCCACAGGUGGCUCCUCUGCGGCUUCCAAUGGUACCGCUGCAGGUGCAUUAACGGGCCCUUGCUCCAACGAAGGCUACUGGAACUGCAUCGACGGAAGCAGCUUCCAGAGAUGCGCCUCGGGGAGCUGGAGCGCGGUCAUCCCCAUGAACGGCAUGCAAUGCUCUCCCGGAGUCUCCUCUGAUUUCACCAUGACUGCAGCCAACGCAAAACGCUGGGAAGCCUAA